GCUGGGUCCCCGGCCCGUGUGUGUUAGAGAUAAGAUGCCCCCUUCCAAGUGAUUCGAAAUCGGGCUCUCGCCAUGGAGCUGCUGCUCUCUCCUCCGCCGCGCGCGCAUGCCGCCGCCGCCUUCUCCUGCAGCUCGCCUCCAAUCUUCCGCCUCCAAAUCCACCCUUCCACAUCUCCCAACAGCCGCUUGCGCCCGCUCCUCGCCCGCAGGACCAGAAACGACGGGGCCAGCGAAUCCGCGGAGCCCAAAGUCAUCACCAUCGGGCGGCCAGGGAAGAAGAGCCGGCGGCAGCGCGGCGAGAAGAAGAACACGAGCCAGCCGCCUCUCCCCGCAUCCCAAGACGCCGACGCCGAAGACGAGGAGGAGGACGAAGAGGAGGAGAGGGACGUUGCGAUCCCGGAGGUGGUGACGAACCGGAUGAUGCGGCGGGUGGGGGCGUCGGUGGGGCUGCCCCUGGCGCUGGGGCUGGGCUUCUUCCCGGCCUUCUACUACCUGAAGAAGGUGGCCAAGGUGGACGUGCCGACCUUCAUCCCCUACGGCCUGUCCUUCGUCUUCUUCGGCGCCGCGCUGGCCGGCAUCAGCUACGGCAUCGUGUCCGCCAGCUGGGACCCAAACAGGGAGGGCUCCUGGCUCGGCUGGAACGAGGCACGCCGCAACUGGCCCGUCUUCUGGGAGUCCUUCCGAGGGAACCCCUCCCCUCCCCGCCGGAGAUGAAGCAUAGGAGGUUUUGUGGUUGCUAGGUAACUCGAUUAAGCUGAUGUUCGUAGCUGUAGAUGUGUAUCUUGUAUGUAAACCAAUGAAAAGAAUCGUUUCCCAAUUAAUUAAGAGCUCCGGUCUGUUUGAUGA